CUUCCUGCCUGUUUCAUCAGGCGCAUGUUGAAACCCGCAGAAGCCUCAAAUAGACUCUGUGCUGUGUGCUGUAUUUUUUGUGGCAGUUAUAGAGUUAUAGAGCUAUAAAUUUGGGUAUGAACUAUAAGCUUUUGAUUUAGAGGUAUUUCGAGAAUAUAAAGGACAUCUGGAAAAUACAAACAUGUCGGACAAGAGCACACAACCCCAGACACCAAGCAAGAUAAAUGAAGUACAGGACCAGGUCAAUGAAGUCAAAGUUAUCAUCAAGGAUAACAUUAACAAAGUGCUGGAGAGAGGAGAGAGGUUAGAUGACCUGAUUGGAAAAACAGAUGAUCUGCAGGCAACUGCUGACUCUUUCCAAAGGACAUCGGCGAGGGUUUCCAGAAAGUUCUGGUGGAAAAAUAUGAAGAUGAUGAUUAUAAUCGGAGUGAUAGUGCUUAUCAUUGUCGUGCUGAUCAUUCUUCUGGCAACAGGAGUGAUUCCCUCAUAACAUAAUCACCCUUUCCUGUUUCCUUAUUGAGGAGAAACACAUGAAGCAGACUGCAGCUUAUAUUUAUAUGUUCUUGUUUUUUUUGUUAAUAGGUCUUAAUUUUUUCAAUUGUUUUGUUUCCACAUUUUCAAUUUCACAUGAAAUGAAACGUAAUGCGUGAUGUAAAUAUAACUGAUAUAAAAACGUACUUUCUGUAAAAACAAUUGUAUAUAUACAAAAUUCCACUCCCUUUUAUAGAAUUAUUUACUUUGAGACUAAGCACUGUGAGUUUAUAUCACCUUUAUUUGCAGAUAAAGUAAAUCACAAAUCAAUGUUUCUGUUCUUGAGUUCCAUCAGACACUACAAAAUUGGAGAUUACACUGCUGAAGUUAAUUGUUACCUAUAGAUAGCUUCCUCCAGACCUUUGAAACCUGUAUAGCUGUAACUUGUUAUUAUAGGUGAUUCAUUCCAAGUCACUUCCUAAGAAAAAAAAUGAAAGAAGGAAGUUUUUGAUUGUAUUUUUUUUAUUAUUUCAUUUUGGACUUUGCAUUUUAUACCAUUUAUUUUAUGAAGUAAAUAUAUUGUAAUAGUUAGCUUGUAUAUUCCAAUGUCUCACUCCAAAUGAAAUGAAAUUAAAGCUUGCA